UCAAGUUUCUCGUUUAAAAUGUCUGUGUCUUUUGUCUGUUUCUCUCACUUUCUCCUUUUCUGACAACCUUUGUGGACUUCUCUUUCUCAUUCUCUCUCUUCAUCAAAUCAACAACAUCAUCAUAAUUCAGACCACAAUCAUCGUCACAGAGAGACAAAGAAGACAGAAGAAAAGAAAUGGUGAACGUGGUGGAAUUGCAGAAACAGCUGCAGAGGUGGCAGCAGCAGACUGGGAACAACAACAAUGUCAAUGUCGACGCCAACGGAGAACUCAUGUAUGUCAAAGUCAUGACCGAUGAACAGUUGGAAACUCUGAGGAAACAAAUUGCUGUCUAUGCCACCAUUUGUGACCAACUCAUCGAGAUGCACAGAACACUCUCAGCUCAGCAGGAUCUUGCAGGGGCUAGAUUGGGAAACCUGUACUGUGAUCCAUUGAUGACAUCUGGUGGACACAAAAUAACAUCAAGACAAAGGUGGACACCUACACCAGUGCAGCUUCAGAUUCUGGAACGCAUAUUUGAUCAGGGAAAUGGAACUCCAAGCAAGGAAAAAAUCAAAGAGAUAACUGCUGAACUGGGCCAGCAUGGUCAAAUUUCUGAAACAAAUGUGUACAAUUGGUUUCAGAAUAGGCGUGCUCGAUCCAAAAGAAAACUGCAAAAUGUGGCUCCUACCAACACUGAAUCAGAAGUGGACACCGAGGUUGAUUCUAAGGAUAAGAAGACAAAACCUGAUGAGUUUCUGUCUCAACAUAACAUAACAACAACUUCUUCUGGAGGAGCUGAAAAACUGUGCUUUCAGAGCCCUCAGGUGUACUCUGAGUUGCAGUACUUGAACAAUGAUUCCAACAAGCCCUAUUCCAUGUUUCCAUCAGAUGCCAGUUUGAAAUCCACAAGAAAUUUGUCUGUUUUUAACCAGGUGCUGUCAAAUUCAAGGAAUGAGUAUGCAGGUGGAAAAAUGGAAGUUGGUGGAUCAGUGAGCUAUAAUUUAUUCCACCAAACAGGAGACUGUAAUCUUGGAGGUUGAUUUUUAGUGUGAUAUCUGCAAAGAAUUGUGAGUGUGUUGUUUGGAGUUGUGUUCAUGAGUUCAUCACAAACUGGAACUCAAUGUAGUAAUGUUCAUCACAGAAUAGCAUAAAAAUGUUGUGUAGUUGCCUUCUUUGUAGCUACUUCACCCUUUUCUACUGUCACAACUUCUACCUAUAAUGCAUGAUCAUUUUUGUACCAUUAAGUAUGUUUAAUCUAAUACUUGUUCUUUCA